UCAUCUCCUGCUUGUGAGUACCUCUUGUAAAAUGUCAAGUUGUAUUAUCAAUAAGGAUUUGUAUUUUUAAUUUCCUUAUUCUCCUAUAAAAUAGGUGAAAUCUUAACCUUCUUUACCUUCAGUAAGAAGCUUCUUCCUGAACCUGCUUGGUAAGUUUGGAACAGAAAAUGUUUGUUAGUGAAUCAGUUCUGGUAGAUGCCUUAGUAGCAACAGCAACCUUGCUUGGAUUGUUAUAUUUUUACUUGACAUCAACAUUUAACUAUUGGAAGAAAAAAGGUGUUCCUUAUGUCAAGCCAACAGUAAUCUUUGGAAACUUAAAAGAACAGUUUUUCCUUCAAAAGCACAUGUUUUACGUUGUUCAAGAUAUAUAUAACAGUUUUAAGGGAGAAAGAAUUGGUGGGUUCUUUGAAUCAAGAACUCCUGUAUUAAUGAUCCGUGAUCCAGCUUUAGUAGAAAGAAUUCUUAUUAAGGAUUUUUCAUACUUCCAAAACAGAGAUUUGGUUGUUGAUGUAAAAAGAGAUCCACUAUCUGAAACUCUUGUUGGCUUGAAAGGGCGCACUUGGAGAAAUCUAAGACACAAAUUAACACCAACUUUCACGUCAAAGAAACUGAGGGGCAUGAUUACGCAGAUAUGUAACAGUGGAGAAGACCUCAUGAAUGAAAUAGAGAAAUCCAUAGAACAUAAAAUACCUGUUGAUGCCAAAAACCUGGGUAUUGGCUUCACCAUUGAUGUUAUUGCCAGUUGUGCAUUUGGCUUACAGUGCAAGCGAGAUACACCUGAGGGUAAAGAGUUUCGUAAAAUGAUUGACUCCUUCUUUCACCCAUCAAUAUUACAAACAUUGAGAAUAAUAUUGGUAUUCUUUUGCGGAGGUCUUGGAAAACUCUUGGGCUUGAGACAAGUCCCUCAUCAUAUAAAUGAUUACAUGAUUGGACUGGUCAAACAAACCAUGCAGUUCAGGGAAAAGAAUAACAUCCAGAGAGCCGAUUUUAUGCAGCUGAUGAUGAGUAUGAAAGACCAAACAACUGACGGACAAGAUAUUAAUUGGAAAAAUGAGCUGACUGAAGAUGAUGAAUAUCUCAACCAGAUGGAUUAUUCUUCACAAAACGGAAAGUCAGAAACUGGACUUAGGGGAAUGACUGAUGAAUGUAUUGCUGCACAGGCAUUUGUAUUCUUAGCAGCAGGCUCUGAUCCCAUAGCCAAUACUAUUACCGUUGUAAUGUAUGAGUUAGCCUUCAAUCCUCUGGUGCAAAAACAGCUGCAAAAAGAAAUUGAUUUGGUGCUCCAGAAGUAUGGAGGAACAAUUUCUUAUGAAGCUCUAAGUGAAAUGGCUUACCUAGAUUUAGUCAUUCAAGAGACAAAUCGUAAAUACUCUCUGGCAGGCUUUAUGAGGAGAGAGUGUACUAUUCCUUACCAAAUCCCAGGCACAGAUGUUGUCAUAGAGAAAGGUACAAAAAUAGUGAUACCGAUGCACGCUAUCCACAACGACCCAUCCAUUUAUCCUGAGCCUGAAAAGUUCAUACCAGAGAGAUUUGAAGGGAACAACCAUCACUCAAACGGUGGUAAAUAUUUACCUUUUGGAGAUGGACCUCGGAUUUGUAUUGCAAUGAGAUUUGCUCUCAUGGAGGUGAAGGCAUGUGUUGCCAUGGUGAUGUCCAAUUUGAAAAUGUUCAUAAGUGAAUCAAUUUUGGUAGAUACUUUGCUAGGAAUAGCAACCUUGCUUGGAUUGUUAUAUUUUUACUUGACAUCAACCUUUAACUAUUGGAAGAAAAAAGGUGUUCCUUAUGUCAAGCCAACAAUCAUCUUCGGAAACCUAAAAGAACAGUUUUUCCUUCAAAGACACUUGUUUUACGUUAUUCAAGAUAUAUAUAACAAUUUUAAUGGAGCAAGAUUUGGUGGUUACUUUGAAUCAAGAACACCUGUAUUAAUGAUCUGUGACCCAGCUUUAGUAGAAAGAAUUCUUAUUAAAGAUUUUUUAUACUUCCAAAACAGAGAUUUUGCAGUUGACGUAAAACAAGAUCCACUCUCUGAAACUCUUUUUGGUUUGAAAGGGCGCACUUGGAGGAAUCUAAGAAAUAAAUUAACACCAACUUUCACGACUGGGAAACUGAAGGGCAUGGUUGAGCAAAUAUGCAACAGUGGAGAUGAUCUCAUGAAUGAAAUAGAGAAAUCCACAGAACAAAAAAAACCUGUUGAUGCCAAAAAGUUGGGUAUUGGCUUCACCAUUAUUGACGUUAUUGCCAGUUGUGCAUUUGGCUUACAGUUCAAGCUUGACACACCUGAAGGAAAACAGUUUCGUAAAAUGAUGGAUUCCAUUUCUAACCCUUCAACAUUACAAACAUUUAGAUUAAUAUUUGUAUUCUUUUUCAAACGUCUUGCAAAACUCUUGGGCUUGAGACAAGUCCCUCAACAUAUAAAUGAUUACAUCAUUGGGCUAGUUAAACAAACCAUGCAGUUCAGGGAAAAGAAUAACAUCCAAAGAGCAGACUUUAUGCAGCUGAUGAUGAGUAUAAAAGACCAAACAACAGAAGGACAAGAUAUUAAUUGGAAACAUGAGCUGACUGAAGAUGAUGAAUAUCUCAACCAGAUGGAUUAUUCUUCAGGAAAUGGAAAGCUAGAAACUGGACUUAGGGGAAUGACUGAUGAGUGUAUUGCUGCACAAUCAUUUGUAUUCUUAACAGCAGGCUCUGAUCCCACAGCCAACACUAUUACUUUUGUAUUGUAUGAGUUAGCCUUCAAUCCACUGGUGCAAAAACAGCUACAACAAGAAAUUGAUUUGGUGCUCCAGAAGUAUGGAGGAAAAAUGUCUUAUGAAUCUAUGAAAGAUAUGGCUUAUCUGGAUUUAGUCAUUCAAGAGACAAAUCGUAAAUACUCUCUGGCAGGCUUUAUGAGAAGAGUGUGCAGUAUACCUUACCAAAUCCCAGGCACAGAUGUUGUCAUAGAGAAAGGUACAAAAAUAGUGAUACCGAUGCACGCUAUCCACAAUGAUCCAUCCAUUUAUCCUGAGCCUGAAAAGUUCAUACCAGAGAGAUUUGAAGGGAACAAUCAUCAUUCAAACGGUGGCAAAUAUUUGCCCUUUGGGGAUGGACCUCGGAUUUGUAUUGCAAUGAGAUUUGCACUCCUGGAGGUGAAGGCUUGUGUUGCCAUGGUGAUGUCCAAGUAUUCAGUGAAGCUGGACCAGAAAACUCAAGUUCCUCUGCGUUUCAGUCCCAAAAUAGUAUCACCUACUCCAUGUGGAGGAAUUUGGAUUCAAUUUCAGAAGAGAACUUAGAUACGAUAAGCCAAUCAUAUUGAAAUUAAUGACAAUAAAUAAAUUAGUAUUUGAUUAGAAA